AAAUCACGAGACAGUGCUGUUGUUUAGUGUGGAGGCAGGCGAGAAGGGAGGAAGCAUAGGUCCACAUGAUGGCAGUCACUCUUUUAUCCAUUUUAAUUGCUGCCAUCCCUGUGGCCUACUGCUAUCCUACUGCCUUCGAAGACCUGGGAGAGAGUAGCAAGAACAGAACCUCUAUUCGGUUCUUGGCUAUAGGAGACUGGGGAGGAGUGAAUUAUGCGCCAUACACCACCGCUGUGCAGAAGGCUACAGCUCAAGAAAUGAGCAAAGUAGCAGAGCAGAUGGGAGCUGACUUUGUUCUGGCCCUUGGCGAUAACUUCUACUACAAAGGUGUGAACAGCGUGGAUUCCCCUCGGUUUAAGGACACUUUUGAGUCCGUGUACACUGCAAAGUCUCUCAGAGUGCCCUGGUAUGUUCUUGCUGGCAAUCACGAUCAUGCAGGGAAUGUCAAAGCCCAAAUUGAGUACAGUGGCAAAUCUGACAGAUGGAAGUUCCCUGCCUACUACUAUGAGCUGAACUUCCACAUCCCCAACACCGGAAAGACUCUGACCAUCAUCAUGCUCGACACCAUCAUGCUGUGUGGCAACUCUGACGACCAUGCUGACGAGAAGCCCAGGGGGCCGAUGUUUGCUGUGGAUGCUAACCGUCAGCUGACUUGGCUGCAGGAGAGACUGGCUCGAUCCAAAGCAGACUUCCUGUUGGUGGCAGGCCACUACCCUGUGUGGUCUGUGUCCAAACAUGGGCCCACAGAUUGCCUGCUGCAGAGGCUCCAUCCUCUGCUCAUUAAAUACAAAGCCACUGCUUACCUCUGCGGGCAUGACCACAAUCUGCAGUACAUUGAAGAGUCUGAUGUGGGCUAUGUGGUGAGCGGUGCUGGAAACUUCCUGGACCCCGACAUUCGUCACUGGAGCCACGUCCCCAAAGGUUCUGUGAAGUUCUUCACCGGUCAGGCUUCGACGCUGGGAGGCUUCGUCCAUGCAGAAGUCACAAAGAACAAGAUGAUUGUGACCUUCUUCCAGGCGAAAGGCACUUCUCUCUAUCGCACUGUUCUCUCCCAAAGAGAGUUUGAGUAGACGAGCUAACGGGAACAGUUGGCAUUUAAAUACAGUAUUAGUCUACAGUGUAUUUUGAAAUCGGGUAACUGUUGAUCCAGUUUUUAACUAUGGUAUUAUAAUUUCAGUGCAUUUUGCUGUUUUAGAAGAAUCAAAGUUUUACAUGUGAGUUUUUGUAUUAUAAAUAAAUGCUGUUUGUACAUAA